GGACGGAAAUACGUUGACUAAGAUUAAACUUCAAUGCUGUUUUGAAUGUGGAGCGUUUUAUGUGUUCUGUAAUGGUUGUUUAUAAAAGAAAAAUACGGAUUUAGAUGGGGAGAAGCGGAUGUUUUGACCAAACUCGAGAAGACUGUGCAUUUAACCACUGUCUGGCAAAGUUUCGAGAUGAACAUGGGAACCCGUCAACCAUUAAGACAACAACUGCAAUUCCCUUUAUCACUACAGAUCAAAAUCGGCCAACAAGAAAUGGUCUUGGUGAGUCGCUUGGACUUUUAGGAGGGAAUCUAGCAGUUUAUGUCGGCGCCGGAACUGGGGGAUUUGUUGUUUUAUGUAUUGUAAUUAUUUUAGUACUGUGCCGAUCCAGAAAUGCGGAGAAGCACAAAAGACGGGUAAUAGAGGAAGAUUACAGAGUGGUGGCGACGACAUUGACUAAUGUAAAUGAUUCUGAUGGCACAACAUACGAAGAAUUGUGUAUUGACAAUCCACAUUACAAUCGACACGAAGUCCAACUACCGUAUAAAAAAGACCGUAAACGCUUACCCGGAGUAUCCAACGUAGUUGGCGACACCUUUAAGCGUUGGGUCAGUGUUGAUGCCAACCAACCAACCGCAAAUACAUCUAAAACAUUGACGCAAGCCUCAACAAACAAACCUCUACCUCCAAUUCCAGAUGCAAAUUCAAAAACAUUACCAAGUUAUAAACAGGCGGCCAGUGCAAAAUUAUCACAGUCUAUUGAUGAGUAUACAGAAAUAGGUGGGGAAGUGAAAAGGCGUAGUAAUGUAUAUAAUCCUUUGGAUUCAGAGAAGUUUGGGGAAUCACGUGACAGUCACGGGAUAUACGAAUCACUUAGAGCCAGUAAAAUGAUGGAUAUACAGAAUAAUCGGCCUCCUAUUGGACUUCCGGAUGGAGAAUAUUUUACUUUAGCUAAAGAAGAUGACAAUACUACUCAGAAAGAGCCCAUAUCUCCAGGGGAAUAUAUGAUACUGGCAAAGGAAGAAGAAGAAGAUAGUAGUUCGGAAAACCAAAGGUUGUUACCAUCAAAUGAAAUUGCAGAAAGUAGUUCGGAAAACCAAAGGUUGUUACCAGCAACUGAAAUGGCAGAAAGUAAAAAAGAACACUUGGAAAUGACGCCUUACGCAGAAUCGUCAAGAUCUGUAAUUGAAGAUGAGGCUGACAGUGGAAUCUGCGAGAGUGGUGGACCUAAAAACGAUUAUUACAUUCUUGAAAAAAAUUCCGACAAAAAAGAUCAACCUGAAAAUUCAGAUUAUAUAGAACCAGUAAAAGGUGAUAGACAUUCAUAUAUGCAAGUACUGCCAGAACAUGCAAAACUUUGUCGAAAAAAAGAACUUGAAAAUUAAUUUUCGACGAAACAUUUAACUUUAUUUAUAUAAAACCAUUAUUAUGCCUUGUUAGUUUUACAGAUAUUUAUCAAUAUUGCUUUUUGCGAUAUAAGAUAAAAUUCAUUCAAAAUUGAAAGUGUUUUAGAAAAAAAGAACCGUGAAUUAACAAAAAAUACAUCAAAUCUCACUGAGUGGUACGACACGAAUAUGGUAAUGCAGGUUAUGCCUUCUCUUCAAAUGUUGAAUGCAUGCCGAAUCUGACACUGAUUUUGACUCUGUGCGGGCAUUACACAUUUAUGAUAAAAAAAAAGAUGAUUGCAAAAAAAUGUGUUUACGCAGUUGAAAUAACAUUUCCAAAAGAGUUGUAUAGACAGAGAUUCAGUUUGUCCUUCACUGAAAUUGUUUCACCUUUGAAAACAAUCUAAAUUUUGAAACACAGUCGUUAAUUGAAAAUUGACUUUUUAACAUCGUGGUGUUGUGGUAGCAUGGUCUUGGAAAGUAUUUGGUUCGAUAAUCGAAAUCGAUUGCAUUUUCUGCUUCUCCUCCAAGCAAGUACCAUUCACACUGAUCGUCUCGUUAUCAUAACGAUGUGUCUAAGUAGGGGGCGUAUGUCCUAAUGCGGACUGUAACCAUUAACAAUUUAAAAAAAAGUUGAGUUGAAAAUAUAGAAGACUUGUACAUGAUAUUGUAUAUAUGACGUGUCUAGUUUCAGUUAUAAUAAAUGCAUAAUGCUAACGUA